AUGGAUAAAGAAAGAGAAAUUGAAGCUGAAGGAACUGUAACACCUGCUGUUACUACUGAACAACAACCAGUAGUAGUAGAAGAAAAAACGACAACUGAGCAAAAACAAGUACCUUCCACAGAGGGAGCUUCUGCAAGUACUGCUGAUGAAACGGUUAUUGAACCUACCACUGCCACUAAUGCGCCUGUUGCUUCAGUUCAAUUACAAAAUUUAUCUGUUGCGUCUUUAAAGCACUCCUUGAAACAAAGAAAAUUAUCUACUGAUGGAUUUAAAGCUGAUUUAAUUAGCAGGUUGCAAGAAGCAAACGUUACUGCCGCUGAUGUUGAAAAAGAAAACCAAAAGCAUAUCGCUCCUACUCCUGAUACUAAUUUCAGUAUGGCUUCUAGUGAAACAGUAAUACGUAAAGAAUUAAGUCCAGAAGAACUAAAGGAAAAGGGUAUUGAAUUAUUAAAACAAAAACUACAUAGAUUGACCAAAUUUGGUAGUAAUGGUGAUAAUCAACAAGCUAUCGAAGAUUUAAAUAAGGAAAUUCAACGGGUGGAAAAAUAUGGGGUUGAUCCUUUAAGUGUUUUGGCUGCAGAAUUGGGUUACGGUAAAAAAAAUAAUGGUAUUAAAGGUAUAAAUGAUGAACUUUCAUUACACAAAAAUAAGAGAAAAAGUCAUCUCAAUGGUAGUAAUAAGUCAUUCAGGAAUGGACCAAGCCGUGGCAUCAACAGUAAUAAUUACGGAAGAAGAAGAGGUGGGUACAACAACAAUAGAUUUGAUGGUGGAUAUGGCAAUGAUGGUGAUAGAAACAGAAGAUCUUAUAACAGUAACAGUAGGAGACGUUAUUAG